AUGGACGGCGACGGCUGGAACCAGAGCGAGCCCAAUGGCACGCAGCUGCCCUGCGGCGGCCCCAACGGCAGCCUGGGGGCGAGAGGGGCCGGCCUGUGCCCUGGCCCCGGGAUCAGCCCGUCCAUGAUCACCGCCAUCGUCAUCAUGGCUCUCUACUCCGUCGUGUGCGUGGUGGGACUCUUCGGCAACUUUUUGGUGAUGUAUGUCAUCGUCAGAUACACCAAAAUGAAGACUGCCACCAACAUCUACAUUUUCAACCUAGCCCUGGCAGAUGCCUUAGCCACAAGUACACUGCCAUUCCAGAGUGUGAAUUACCUCCUGGGAACAUGGCCAUUUGGUACCGCAAUUUGUAAGAUUGUUAUAUCUAUAGAUUACUACAAUAUGUUCACAAGUAUUUUCACUCUCUGCACUAUGAGUGUGGAUCGCUACAUAGCCGUUUGCCACCCGGUCAAAGCUUUGGAUUUCCGCACUCCUAGAAAUGCCAAAAUUGUCAAUGUCUGCAAUUGGAUUGUUUCUUCUGCAAUUGGCAUACCAGUUAUGGUGAUGGCAACCACGAAGGAAAGUAAUGGCUCUAUUGAUUGCACACUUAAAUUUUCUGACCCAUCAUGGUACUGGGAGAACCUGCUGAAAAUCUGUGUAUUCAUCUUUGCCUUCAUCAUGCCUGUCCUAAUCAUUACGGUGUGCUACGGACUCAUGAUUUUGCGCCUGAAGAGUGUCCGAAUGCUCUCCGGCUCCAAGGAGAAGGACAGGAAUCUUCGAAGGAUCACCCGGAUGGUCCUUGUGGUCGUGGCUGUCUUCAUCAUCUGCUGGACUCCCAUCCAUAUUUACGUUAUCAUUAAAGCCUUGGUCCAUAUUCCAGAAACAACGUUCCAGACCGUCUCCUGGCACUUCUGUAUUGCCUUAGGGUACACAAAUAGCUGCCUUAAUCCCGUCCUUUAUGCAUUUCUAGAUGAGAACUUCAAAAGGUGUUUCAGAGAGUUCUGCAUCCCAACAGCUUCCACCAUUGAGCAACAAAACUCCACCCGUGUCCGACAAAACACCCAUGAGCAUGCCUCCACUGCCAACACGGUGGACAGGACUAACCAGCAGGUAUGA